GUUCGUCUGUCUGUAACUUCAACCUACUACAACCAACAGCUAGAAUUCAAGGUUUUCUCGGACCACUUGUUCCAAAAUUGUUCUAGACAAUCGAAGCCCCUAUCCAUCUAGGACAAAACAUGACCGAGCGUAGCAUUUCCCCCAGCGAAAUUAUGUCCAGAAUAUCUUGCUCCGCUACAGACACUUCUGAAGAUGAAGUUGUCUGGGGCGUUAGCGAUGAAUAUUCGUCGGAAAGUAGUAUAACUGGCAGCGAGGCGGACUAUGUUCUGCUACCUCGUAUCUCAGUAGAGGGGUCUGACCACGAUUCCGGCAACAGCGCCUCGGAGGAUGUGCUGUCAGUUGCAUUCGAUCUAUUGUCAGUUGCCAACGUGGACGAUGAAUCGGACACGAACAAAGUCGACAAACCAAAGCGGACUUGGAAGCCGCAUGAUAGAGCAGUAAGGGGGGAUUCAUCCUCUACGAGCCCUUCUCCUCAGACCAACAGUGGAACGAGGACUCUCGAUGGUUCAUAUGAGGAUGCUGCAGCAUAUAUCACGCAGCACCUGGACGCUCCUGUCAAGCUGGAUGAUCCAAGUGCGAAGCUGCGGCUUCUGCAGGCCCUUGGUACCGAAUUUGGUAUUUACCAAGAGCUGCCCACCAGCAUCAAAUCAGCAAGAAAGCUUUUGCAAGCCAAAGUUCAUGUAAACAUUAUAGAUUAUGCAGCCAAGCGGGGAAAAGACCAGGAUGCAUUACUCCAGAUCAUGCGUCCCAGCAAGAGUGCUCUACGGAGGGACAUUCGGCGAAAUGGCCGGAAGAAACCUUUGAAGUGGGUGAAGGAACAUGGUUUGAACGUUCUCUUGAUUGGCUGCAACUAACGUGCGGGG